AUGCCACCCGAAGGAAGAACGAGGGCUGGGAUACUGCCAGGUUGCCCAAGCCUAGACAGGGUAAGUCGAGUGGCAGAGGUCGGGUUCGAACCACGGACUUUCCGGGGGUGGAGGAGUUGCACAAUCAUUGGCAGUCGUGUGAAAUGGGAGUUGCGAUUACAUAUCACGACCCCGAGUGCCUUGUUCAUGAAACCCAAAGCACGCUUGUCCAGCUCCUCUAGAGAUCGCACUCGUGUAAAUGUGAUAGGCUCGGAAGAGGCGGACAAAAGUCUUUUGGCAAACGGCGCAGAUGAGCUAGCAUCUGAUGGAGCACGUGGUCUAUGCUCAUGGCUACUGCUGUUUUCUCCAAGGGCUUCUGCAUGUGACCGUUUAGACAUUCGAUGCGCUAAAAUGCAAACCACAAGACGGCUGGUAUGA